CAGUCUGCCGGCUGCUGUCGCUCUGCGCACACUGUCUCGCGCGCUGGGGGCUGUUUAACCUGACCAUCACUGCUGUUACUGAACGUUUUUCGCGGAGGUUGAAUGAAAUUAAAUGACUUUUUUUUUUUUUUUCCUCGAAUGGAUACACGCUGCUUUGGAAGAUGACAGCAGGAGUGCGGGAACCUGAAAAUGCUCAGGAGUUUGGAGUAAAUGGACGACCUGUCGGCUCCAAAGUGCUGAAGCUCUGUAAAGUCAUUCCUGUGUUUUAGUGCGAACAUCCCUGAGGAGUUUUGUGUGUCAUCAGGACCUUGAGACACACCCACACACACACACUAAUGUUCAGCCUCUCCCUCUCACAGCAGACCUGGCAGGCCUCUAAUCUCUAAAAGAUUGAUGAGGUCCUGUCCAGGCGCAGCAGCCUGGCACAGUGACGAUAAGGCAGCUUUCAUUUCAGCACAUUUCAUCCCCCACUCCUGCCUUUCUUCUCUUUUCCUUCAUACUGAGGGACACAGGCGCUGGCUUUAAAGAGUGGGACAGGAUUAUGACAUGCCAAGGUCCCUUGGCAAGAAGGACAGUGUUUUAAGAAACAGGAACCAUGAAAUGCCCUGGAAAUGACAGUUCUGUUUUCAUCUGUCACUCCAUGUUGGACAGCCGUGUCGUAGCUGAGCAGGACACCAGAGUCGCCAUGUCAUUGUCAAACUGCUGGAGCUGGAAUAUAGUGAAACUACAGAGAGACACACAGAGCUGAGAGUUGCUGAACACACAUUACACGUCUGCAUAUACACAAUCACACACUCAGAGUGUUCCACACAGGACAAUGUGCAACAUCUCGUUCUGUGAUGUGGACAGUAAGGUGGACCAGUUCUUUCAGCCCACACUCUACAUCAUAGUCAUCGUUCUGGGGUUGCCCACUAACUGCAUGGCCCUGUGGGCUGCCUACAUGCAGGUGCGUCAACGGAACGAGCUCGGCAUCUACCUGAUCAACCUGUCAGUGGCUGACCUCCUCUACAUCACCACUCUUCCUCUGUGGAUCGACUACUUCCUGCAGCAUGAUGAUUGGAUCCAUGGUCAGGAGAGUUGCAAGCUGUUUGGCUUCAUUUUCUAUACUAAUAUCUACGUCAGCAUCGCCUUCCUCUGCUGUAUAUCGCUGGACAGGUACCUGGCUGUGGCAUACCCUCUGCGCUUCGCCAAGGUUCGACGAAUAAAAACAGCUGUCCUGGUCAGUGCUAUGGUGUGGAUCAUUGAGAUCAUAGCCAACUCUGCUCCUCUCUUCCACGAUGAGCUCUUCCAGGAUCGGUUCAACCACACCUUCUGUUUUGAGAAGUAUCCCAUGCAGGACUGGGUGGCAGGGAUGAACCUCUACAGGACAUUUCUUGGCUUCCUUGCUCCCUGGACAGCCAUGCUGGUCGCCUACCGUGGGAUCCUGGCAGCAGUGCGCUGCAAUGUCUCAACAGAACGUCAGGAAAAGGCCAAAAUUCAGCGGUUGGCUUUGAGUUUGAUCCUAAUUGUCUUGCUCUGCUUUGGACCAUACCACGUGCUCCUCCUAGUGCGGAGCAUCAUGUUUCUGAGGAAGCCAUGUGACUGUGGCUCAGAGGAGAGCUUGUUUGCAGCAUACCAUGUAUCGUUGGCACUGACCAGCCUCAACUGUGUCGCUGACCCCAUUUUGUACUGUUUUGUCAAUGAGGGGGCUAGGCAUGAUGUCGGCCGAGCCCUCUCAGCAUUACUGUCCGCGGCCUGCCAUAAGGGUUCAUCUUCCUCACCAUCGCACGUCGACAUACUGAAUGCUGGUUCGGUUACCAUGGAAACACCACUAUCGGCUAAGAAGCAGCCUUGUGUGUACACUGAUGGAGGCAAGACAAACAACUACAAGACAGAGCUGGUGGCUCUGAAGGAAGAAUGUCUACAGAUGACCAUCCUCAGUGUUAGGAAGUGACUUCAACUUAGAACAUCCAGCAGCAGGUCCAAACUGUUCAGGUUAGUGGAAGGAAGGAACCUAUUUUCUUCUGGCCUCACAGGCUGAAAUCAGGCAUCAUGCAAUCACGAUGAAGUCUACAUACAGUCUGUAACCAUGGUAGUAGCCCCUGCAAGCUUGAAAUGCUUACACCAAUUAUGAAGCAUGGUCAUGUGCACAUCCCCCAGUCUUCAGUGGGAUAGGUGCUGGAUGCAGAAAAAUGUGUGGAGAAGAGUACAAAGAGAACUUGUACAGUAGAAAUGCUUGCACACCGGAAGACAGUUAAUGUUGUAAAUCCUUCAUAUGGUGGCCAUUUUAAGAUACCUCAGACAGCUUGUCAGGCUCAGUUAUUCAGUUAUAUGUUGCUGAUUUGGUUCAGAUUCCAUUGCUCCAAGCUGUAGUAUGUCAGCUUCUGCACAACUGUUAUGCAUGCUAAUGUCAUCAUAUUAACAUGCUAUGUUAUCAUUAAUCCCAGAGUGCAGCUGUGGCUGCCAAAGAUUCAGACAUUAGAUUUUGAGGUAUCUUAUUCAGUGCUGGGCCAGAAGAAAUUUUGGCCUGCUGGUGGUGCUAUAUGAAGAGUCAGGGGCUCACCCAACUCCUUAGGAUUCAACCUCAGUGGACCAUCAAUGACUGUACCAAAUUUCACACCAAUCUUUCCAGUAGUUGAGGAGCUAGUUUAACCUGGACAAAGUGUCGGAACAACAGAAGGACAGACCAGCUGACUGCCCUACAGCCAUGUUGUUGUUGUUGUGGCUAAUAAGGCUUCUAUCAAACACAAGUUGACCACUUGGAUAUCUGGACAAUUUAUUGCUGUGCCAGGAAUCAUUUAUGCCUAGGAGGACAUUCUUGAAUAUUUAAGUGGAAUUAUUCAAACAGACCAUCUUCUGAAUGGGAUGGGUAUUGUUAGUGGUCUGAAAGGAGACACCUUUGAAUUUCAGACUGCUUGGACACCCAACUGGACAAAGGGCAGACAAAGGAGAUAGGGUUUGACACCCAAAUGUGCCACUCUUAUAAUAUGACAGAACAGUAGAGGAGUAAUGAAAGAGAUUACAAAUUACUGGUCAAAAACAUUUGUAAAGCUUGUUGGAAAUGUCUUUAUCAUUUCACUAGUUUUUUGAAGAAAAUAAUGAAGCCUUAUGAAGUACCUCAGCUCAUAAACUGUGACAGAAAGAAGGCUUAGAGUAGAAGCAUGUGUUUUAAUCUGAGCCAUGUAUUUUCUUUUUCUUUCAUUUUUACCACGAACAGUAAAAUAAUCAGAGAUCAGUGAGAUGACAGUGAAACUUCUAAACCAAAGCCUUUUAUUGCAUUCAGCUCAACUUGAAAGUCAAUAAUCAUUAAAUUGUGAGGCUCUCCAUGCAGGUCAUCCCUAAAACAGUAAUUUUCACAUUCUGUCUUGAUUUUUUUCUUGAUUAUUAUUUUUUAAUUUAACCUUUAUUUAACCAGGUAAGUCAUUAAGAGCAAAUUCUUACUUACAAUGGCAGCCUGGAUUUAAGUGACUUUGCUGGCUGCUUACAUUGAUGUUUGUCUUAUUUGGCAAAGAAAUUAUGAAAUAUUUCCCUGUGAUGUCAAAAGUGUGAUAAGGAAAUAAAAAAAAAUACUUCAGUGGAUAUCAUUAUAAAGUCAUCUCCAGUGGUCAGUCACAGACUAAAAAGAGUAAGCAUGUCUCUCCUUUUGUAUGUGAAGAUGAUUGUUCUUAAUGUAAAUCUAACUGACAAUUCUAAUCCAGCAGUGCUGGUUUGGCUGGCAUAUAUAGCCAUAUGUUGACUCCAUUCUGAAUUCAUAAUGUUAAGUAAAGGUUGUCAGGGCCUGGAAAAAAAACUAAGAAACCUUAAAAGAAUGUUCAUGUGCUGCAUAUAUUUACCAUUAUUUGGCAUUACGCUGACAUGAAUUACUUUCCUUUUCCUAGCUGGCAGCUUGUUUUUACAGUAAAUCCAAACUGUGACCAAACAGCUUUUUUAGCAUUCACAAGAGCUGGGAUCCCAAAAUUUAAUGGCAGCUUCUAUAACAGAGCAUUGAAUACCGCACGCAAAGAAAGAAUAAAUAUAAAUCUAGACUGGACACAGCUGUCAGAGCAGAGGUAUCUUCAACUUCUAAAGUCAUCAGCUUGAUCUUUACUACUACUUUUACUAUUGUCUUUUGCAAUCAAAGAAUCAGUGGCAAUAACAUUUCAACAAUGCAUUUGUUUACAUUGCAGGAUGCCCUGCUGUAUGUGCAGAAAUAUAGUAUGGACAUAAUGACUUUCCUUGUGUGCAGUAUUACAGCUCAUACAACUCCAGUCCAACCCAGUGAUUUCAUGGUGAUAGAUAGGUGUCCGUGUUGCAGUUACACCUGCCAACUAUUACAUCAGGAGAAAUGUUUUGAGUGAUCCCAGCAGCAACACUGAUUUUUUAUGUUGUCUUGGCAUGAAGCUUUAACUGUGUUUGGUGCAAUGAUGUUAAGGCAGGUGGACACUUUUAGCUCGUCAGGUUUUUCCUUUCUAAAGGCUGCUCUGUGUACCACUGCUUUUGUUGUGCAUCUGUAUGUCUGUCUCAGAGAGGAGGUACCGUAGGUAGGCUUCAUAAUGUGUAUUAGUUGAUCGACAGUGUCAGUGAGAAAUAAAUUAUGCAUACUAAACUUUGCAUCCCAUGUUUGUUUGUUUGGAAUCUACAAGCUGAAAAAAGGCAGGACAGAGGAGGCUUUUUAAAUGGAAAUGAAUUGAAGGUUUAUUAUCAUCUUA